GACACAGCCGUGACCUUGGGAAACCAGUUGCGGUCAGGGAAGUCAGAUACAGCAAGCCCCAGAGUGGAGCGAAAGCUUCAAGUCAUGGUGCCAAUCGCUGGGGAAAACAGACCAACCCCAACCGAAGCUGCAGCCAUCAAGAUAUCACUGGUUUUGUGCCCAGCGAAUGGAAUGCCCAACCAAAGUUCCUAUCCGUGCAUGAGAUCAUUUCUCAGAUAAAAGCCGGAAUAGCCUUGCAAGCCAACAUCACCGAAGUUUACACCAAAGAACAGUGUGCGAACCUGCGCACCCUUUGGCAUAGCUAUGGGUGCAAGGGCUCUUUGACCAUGCUGCUCACCAAGGAUGCCAAAGACACCCUGGGGGCCACGGUCCAUCAACAAGACUUGCUCACAGGCUGGCUGAUUUUGCCAACAGAACAGGCUAAGGGCCAAGCGGCCAACUACCUCCUCCGAGGGGCUCCAAAGAUGUGGCAGACUGAAGAGAUCGAAGAUUUUCUCAAUCAACAGAAAUGGAAAGCCGUGCAACGCAUUUCCAAAGUGCGAUAUCGAAACGAAUGGCGUUUUCAUGCCCAGCCACCUUCAGCUAUGCAGGAAAAUUACCAUUACGAUUGGGCAGAAGGCUACAUGUCAUGCAUCCCAGCUCCUUUCAGACAACGCCAGCCAACCUGGCAACAACCUGUCAGAAACACAUGGCGAGGAAAUGAGCUGGGGAAAAUUGGAAAUGAAGCCAGCAAUCCUGGCGAUACCGGUGACGUCAUGGCAACUGCUCUGGAUCAGGACUCCAGUCAAGCCUCACAAAAAGAGGCUGGUAGGGAAAGAAGUCGGAGCCCAGUUCGCUCCAAGCAGCGGCAGGCUGUUGCAGAUGACCCAGAUCUGAUCCCAACAGACAUCGCGGAAUGUUUCAAAAAUGGCUGGGAAAGUCAAGAUGUUGGUGGCAAUGGAGAUUGUUUUUAUCGAAGUAUUGCUGCUUGUCAACACUGGCAAAAGCAUCAUAAGUUGAUCACUGCUGAAACUGCUGCCCUCUGCGGGGCAGAGCUUCGUGCGUCAGCUGUUUUGCACGCCCAGAAGCAUAGUAGCAGGCUCUCUAGCUGGUUUGCGCCAGAUUCCAAAGAAACCCCCGCUGAAAGGGGAUGCAAUCCGCAGGCAACGAACAUCAGUGAAUGGUGUGAACUGCAGAUGAAACAGGAAGUCUGGGCAGAUGGCCUUAGCAUCCAGUGCCUGGCUGAGACCUUGGGACUUGUCAUUGUGAUUUUCAAACAAUCAGAGGAUAGAUGGGACAGAUUCACAUUCGCACCUGGCUUUAAGCAGGAUGUUGCAAUGAGCAGACGCAAUGGACUCAUGUUGUCCAUUCGCAGUCUUGCAUGUCGCAUGCUCCUGACCGGAGACACAACGCUUCGAAGAGGACGACAUUCUGAGCCACUUGUGCAAGCUAGGGAUACUGCUCGUGCCAAACGAAACACCAGAGAUCGCCUAGGGCCCAAGUUCAAAGCCAUCGCUAGCAUCCAAGCAAAACAGGCCAUUUUGGCCAAAGCCAACAAGCAAGCCGCAGCGGCAAAGCUGUGCACGGUCAAAGAGCAGAGAGCACAAAGGGCGGAAGCAAACAGAUUGCAGACACAAGAUAGAGAGCGAGUCAGGCGCAUCAGCUCCGAGUCGGGGCAGCUGAUUCACGCUGUGCUGCAUGGGGGGCAACGGGACAUCAACGUCCUCUGUAUUUACCGGCACCACAGUGAUGCCGAUUUUGCCAUUUUGCAUGAAGCCGCGCUGAUUGUUAGCCGCCUAGGUGUUCUGUUGCUCGACACGACCGGAGUGUUCACCCAAUUGAUGCAAUUUGGUCUUCGGGAGGGCUUCAAGCCUCCAGUGCCUCCGAAAUCCCAGGUGAUGGAGACCACACCAUCGCACAGAGAUGACUUCCCUGAUCCUUUACCCACACCUAAUCUUCCGCCCAUCACAGGAGAGGACACGCUCAGGGCAGCUCGCCAAAUGCACAGAAAAGCAGCUGGCUUGGAUGGAAUUUCCCCUUCCUGGUUAGCAUUGCUGCCGUGUGAGGCACAUAGGCGGCUUGCAGAGAUGUUGGAUGCCUUUGAGCAACAGGGGGCGUGGCCGGAAGCCACUUGUUACUGGAAGAUCGCUGCCCUGCCUAAGAAAAGGCAUGGCACUUUGCCUUCCUUGGGUGAAGUCAGACCAAUCGCAAUCGGCUCAGCCAUCUAUCGUAUAUGGGGCAGAAUCAGAUUGGGCCAUCUGGCUCCCAUUCUAGCUCAAUAUCUGGAUCGGAACCAGUCGGGGGGCAUCGGCGGAGAGGACGUCUCCUCCCUUCUAUUGACUUUGGACAUCGAUCUGGAUCCCACAAUAUUUCCGUGCCUCAUGGCACUGGAUUUUACCAAGGCUUUUGACUCUUGCGAUUACACUUUGGCUCUGGCCGUCAUGUCCCGGCUUGGCCUUCCUGCCCGUGUGGUCAACCUUUUGGGAGCGCAAUGGCGGCGGCAGAAACGUUGGAUGUCUUUUGCAGGGGUGUGCGCGCGGCUCCCUAUCCAAAAUUGUUUAGCUUUACCCCAAGGAGAUCCCUGGUCUCCCAUAGCAAUGUCACUGGUUCUCAUGCUUGCGAAGCGGCACCAAGAGAGGUUGGUUCCGGAGUCCAGAUGCUUGCUGUACCUCGAUGAUCGCACGCUUGUUGCUCCCACUCCCGGCAUCCUGGCCGCAGCUCUUAAUGCUUGGAAUGUGCUGCAUGUCCACACUCGACUCCGCACUAAUUCCAGCAAAACCCAAGUGCUGGGGCGAAAUUGGAAGGGGCAUCUGGCGUUGCAGGCGGCUAACCUGUCGCCGACUGCCACGGCUGAAGUGCUGGGUGUCACCAUUGGCAUCGCGCCCAGAGCUCAAUCCAAUGCUGAACUGUCCCGUGCCAAAAAAUGCAGAACGAUUGCUCAGCGUAUUAGUGUUUUGCUGGUAUCCCAAUCCUUCCGGGCCGGCCUCGCGGCCCUUACUUUAGCUUCCAAGAGGGUCAAAGGGUGGCUGGCAUCUGACCGCAAUGAUGCCAAGCUGGCCCGGGCAAACAAUUUGGCUAUUUCUGAUUACCUAAUCACUAAGCUUCACCGGGCUGCCACAGAUCUGUCCGCGCAUGAGAUUGGAAUCAUGUCCGGUGCUUUGAAAACUGACGCGAAAGCGUCGUUGUCGCCAGAAACCACAAACAAACAAAACAUGCAGUACAUGUUCGGCCAUGCCGAGAACUUCAACCAGCCGAUCGGGUCCUGGAAUACUGCGGCGGUGACAGACAUGCAGUUCAUGUUCGGCGAAGCCUACGACUUCAACCAGCCGAUCGGGUCCUGGGACACUUCGGCGGUUGGGUGCACUUACAACUACAAACCUAACAUGCAGUACAUGUUCGCCCGAGCCUACGACUUCAACCAGCCGAUCGGGUCCUGGGACACUUCGGCGGUGACUAACAUGCAGUACAUGUUCAGCUCUGCCAAGAACUUCAACCAGCCGAUCGGGUCCUGGGACACUUCGGCAGUCACAAACAUGCAGAACAUGUUCUACUUUGCCGACGACUUCAACCAGCCGAUCGGGUCCUGGGACACUUCGGCGGUCACAAACAUGCAGUACAUGUUCUACUUUGCCACGAACUUCAACCAGCCGAUCGGGUCCUGGGACACUUCGGCAGUCACAAACAUGCAGCACAUGUUCAAGUUUUGUCGGGAAUUCAACCAGCCGAUCGGGUCCUGGGACACUUCGUCAGUGACAGACAUGCAGUACAUGUUCGACUUUGCUCGGAAAUUCAACCAGUCGAUCGGAUCCUGGGACACUUCGGCGGUCACAAACAUGCAGCACAUGUUCGACUCUGCUUGGAAAUUCAACCAGUCGAUCGGGUCCUGGGACACUUCGUCAGUGACAGACAUGCAGUACAUGUUCUACUUUGCCGACGACUUCAACCAGCCGAUCGGGUCCUGGGACACCUCGGCAGUCACAAACAUGCAGAACAUGUUCAGCUCUGCCAAGAACUUCAACCAGCCGAUCGGGUCCUGGGACACCUCUGCGGUGACAGACAUGCAGUACAUGUUCGAAUAUGCUUGGGAAUUCAACCAGCCGAUUGGCUCCUGGAACACUUCGGCGGUGAAAGACAUGAAGGGCAUGUUCUACAAGGCCAUGUCCUUUGACACUCCGAUUGGGGUUUGGGACGUUUCUUCCUUGAGACGUAUCCUGUCUGAGCAGU